CAGAAGAUAAAGUAUGAAAGAAAAAACGAGCGUCAAACGAAACGAUACGACGAUUACAAAAAGUUGAUACGUUCUGUGUAAAGUUAAAGCAAAUUCAAUAAAACUAUAGUAGAUUAAAAGAAAAAUAACCAAAAAACAACAUCAUCAUAAACUGUUUUAUAAAUAUUGCAUGGAAUUUAGAUGAAAACAGCCAAAUAAAUAUAGAAAACUUGUGAAAAACCCCCAGAAAGCCAACGCUCUGACAAAGCCCAACAACAGCACCAAGCAAGCAACGGGGAAAAAUUUAAACGAUUGCGAGAAGAUAAAAUUACUUUUAAUUUAAUAAAAGAAAAAACUUGAAAGUAUGUGUAAAUACGGCAUCAAAUAAGAAAAAAGAAUUGCAAAUAACGCAAAAUUACAAAGAAAUUCUCAUAUAUCGAGUGUGUAUGUGUACGCGAAUCGUUUUUAUUGAAAGUGUUAAAUUUAUACAACAUAGCAAGCUCUAGCUUGCUGGCUACAGUAUAAUAACAACAACGGCAACGAAGACAACGCGAAACAGAGACAGCAGAAACAUUGUAUGUGGGGACUUUCUUUUUGUUUGAACUAAGUUUUUGUUGUUGUUUUAUAUUAUUUUUCUCAUUAUUCCUCAUCGCACUGUGCCCUCUACGAACCGAAAUCAAUGUAUGCGGAGAGCGCUAGUGUGAGUUUCACAAGAAAAUGUCACAUUUGCCAGUGGAUGCACGCGCCAUUUUGCAUUAUUUAAAUGAAUUGGGCUUCCGAAAUAUAUCGGCAGAACAACUGAAAGAAUUCCUAAAAGAUUUACGGAAGUUAAUCAAAUAUGAAGAACGAAUGGGCGUUAAUGCCCAUCAAGACGAUUAUUAUGAGAGUCUAUUCCGACGAACAACGGCCAGUUUUAGGGCCAAGCAUAACAAGGAGAAUUUACGCCAUGGAAGAGAAGUACCACUCCGAAACAAUUCCGAUGACAACUUGCCAACAACAAGUAAACAAGCUCGCCAAAGACGACAAAAAGUUUUGCAAGAAAAAAAUAAAUCUUCAAACGAGACAAGCACAUCAACUGAUGAUAGCAGUUUGAUUGCAAUUGGAAGGCAAGAACAUGUCUCCAAACCAACACAAACCGCAUCUAUCCGUUCCACAGUGGAGCAAAUUGUUGCUGAAAUUUUGGAAGAGAAAUUUUCCAAUUCGCAAGUUCACAAACACAAUUGCCAAAAGAAAACAGCUGCAGCAACGAAUGACUUCUUUAUGGAUCCCAACGCCCUAAGGGCAAUUGUACAAGAUCUAGUUAACAAAGCAUUAAAAGACAAACUUUAUGGACCGCAAGAGACAUGUCCAACAAAGCCAUUACCAUCUCUAAUAGAGGAUAUUGUAAAUGAAAAGUUAAAAGAACAUUUGUCCAAGAUCAAACAUACUAAUGAUCAAAAUAAAACAACCCACAAUUUAGACAACUUAUCUCGGGAAAUUCAUGAGAAAUUAAAUUUGACAAAUUCUGAAAAUAUAGGAAAACCAAUUGAUUCCCAGGCAUUGAUGGCAGAGUUGCUGUCCGAUUCAUCUCCAGCCAAAAAUCGCAUUUCGUCAUUACGCAAACAAAAGUCGCCAGUUAAUCGCUGCCAUAUACCUGAAUGGGAGAAUUUGAGUGGCGACAAAGCAACAACCGGUAUAACACGUCUAGCACGAUCAAAACCAAACCAAAAGUUACCCGAAUGGCAAGUAGAAACCGAAGGAAAAUCUAAAACACGAGCAAAAAGUGCCCAACGAUCAUGUAGUCCUGUUUCGACAUGUGGCGGACGUAGCAGUGGCCGUUCACGUGUUUCAAAAACAACUAGUGUUUUAAUUCGCCGUUCAUCUUCUCAAGGACGAGCUCGCAAGCCAAACAACGCCGAUCCAGUGGCUUUGUAUCAAUAUUAUAAGAAUGAAUGGGAUUAUUUUCGUAAACACAUACCGGGUGAAACCAAUCAUAAUCGUUUACGUUGGCAUGUGCGUCAACGUUUUUUGGAUCCAGAAUAAUUGAUAUAUGACACGGAAUUUUCAGAAAUGCCAAGAUAUAUGCAUGUGGAAGUACUAGAUCAAAGUAGCAAAUUCUUAAAAGGCAUUACUGUUCCAAGAUGUGUGGAUGAAUUUUAUAUUAUUAACCAUAUAUUUGAGUUAUAACCUUAAAAUAUUGCACAGAUUUUUUAAUUCAUAGGUUUCUGCUCUAUUCCAAAAUCAGUAAUAACAUAAAAAUAUUCAGAGUUUUCCUUUUGAUAUCGAAACAAAUUUUAAAACUAGAAGAUUAUUGCAGGUUAUGAAAUAGAGUAUAUACUUUCAUAUAACCAGAUUUGAGUUUAUAACCACAUUCCCAAUGGCGGCUCUCAUAGUUUGAAACCUAAAAAUCUUAUAUACGAUGAAGAUUUUAGACAUAAGAUCAGUGUUCGUGCCCAGUUUCCAAUUUCUAUUAUAAAUUUUGUAAGCCUUAUUGGUUAUUUGUACAACCUCCAUCAAAUGGUGGAGGCUAGGAAAAAUGCCAAAUGCUUUGAAAUUUUAAUAUGCUGACUUUCAUUCUAAUUCUACACAUUGUUUUGAAUUUUAAGCUGUACCAUCCAAUUUUAUAUUACAUAACAAAAUAAUAAAACAUU